CUAAUCGAUUUUGACAUACUCAUCUUCUCAAGUAAAGAAAGAGAGAGGGAAGAGAGAGGAGGAGGGUUGAGCACGAUGACCAGAAUGCUGAUGAGUUUUCCGGCCAUCGACUCCGGCGCCGGAGUGCUGACGGCCAGCUGGUGGGAUGAGAUCAACGAGUCCGUCGCAUGGCAAGAUGGGAUAUUCUACUCUCUCUGCGCCGCCUAUGCCCUCGUUUCCGCCGUUGCCCUUAUUCAAUUGAUAAGAAUUGAACUUAGAGUGCCCGAAUAUGGUUGGACCACGCAAAAGGUUUUCCACCUUAUGAACUUUAUAGUAAAUGGAGUGCGUGCUGUCGUGUUUGGAUUCCACAAAAAUGUCUUUCUUCUACAUCCUAAGGCCCUCUCUUUGGUUUUGCUGGAAUCUCCUGGCCUGCUCUUCUUCUCUACAUAUACUCUUCUUGUCCUUUUUUGGGCAGAGAUAUAUCAUCAGGCCAGAAGACUGCCGACUGAUAAACUAAGAAUCUGGUACUUUGCUAUCAACAGUGGAGUAUACUUUGUGCAGGCUGGUAUUUGGGUGUACCUCUGGAUAGAUGAUAACAGCACUGCAGAAUUUGUUGGAAAGAUAUUUGUUGCAGCGGUUUCAUUUGCAGCUGCAUUAGGAUUUCUGCUGUAUGGAGGAAGGUUGUUUAUCAUGCUAAGGCGCUUCCCUAUUGAAUCUAAAGGGAGGAGAAAGAAACUUUACGAGGUUGGAUCUGUGACUGCUAUUUGCUUCACUUGUUUUCUUAUAAGGUGCUUCGUGGUUAUGCUCUCAGCCUUUGAUUUAGAUGCAUCACUAGAUGUAUUGGACCAUCCAGUUUUGAAUAUAAUCUACUACACGCUGGUUGAGAUUCUUCCUUCAGCUCUGGUUCUGUACAUCUUGCGCAAGCUGCCUCCGAAAAGAGUACCAGCAGCACAGUAUCACCCUAUCCUGUGGUUGAUGCAUGAAAAGCUCAUAUACAUCAGAUUUAUUAUCACUCUGGAUUGGCUCUGGUCAUGAGAUUUCAUUUUGCCUGUAUUUUGUGGGAGUCUGAUUUGAUGUUAACGAUGGCGAUUUAUUGAGAAGCUUGCCAUUUUAAUUGAAACUUAGCCUUUCUGUUAGCAUAGUUUGUAGUUGCUUUUAUCAUUUUAAGUUUUAAUAGUUGUGAUCAUUUAGAACUCCCAGUGUUGUAAUGCAUGUCACAAUAAGAAAAAUGUGUUGGUUUUAUUUUAUAAAAUAAUUAAAUGUUCUAUGUUA